GGAAAACACUCCUUUUUGCAGCCUUUACAGGAACGACAGUGAAACUGUGAUUCAUUAUUUACGGGCAAAAGUUGCUCCAUUAAACAAGCGCCUGGAAGUGUGUUGGUCCGAUGCGUCAAAAAGUGAAACAAGAUUCAACUGUCUCUUCAGUGGUUGAUACUUGCAUUACCUCGUCGUCGAAACACAGCGCCACCGAUGACGAAGCCGACGACGUCACCGUUCGCCGAUGAACGGCUCAUUACCAUACGCGGCGCUGCCUCCCACCGAUGAUGCACGCAUGUGUGCCGCACGCGGGCUGUGAAUUACGUCUUAUGCACGUAAAGUGUCCGAAUCUCAUCUGCACUCGCGGGCGAUGUGCAUCGCUCGACUGUGCCCCGCACUGUGUGAGACGUAGGUUAGGUUACAAAAGGCGGAGUGUUCUAGAUAAGUGAAUGUGUAGCAAUAAUAUAGGAAAAGGGUGAAAAUAUAUAAAGUGCAAGUGCACGCUGCUGUACCUGUACUGCACUGUAUACAGACAGCGAACGCGGUUACUGUGAUCGAAACGAAGCUGACGACAAAGCAAACCGGUACCGCAAUUGAUCGCAACGAUGCUGUUUCAAGCAUUGGGUUACGAGUCCAUCUGGAUCUACACGAUUUCACUGAUCGUGAUGGUGAGCAUGGUCAUCACCCUUCUCUCGUGUCUCUGCUGUCGACGGAAACAAGAGAUCAAGAAUGACCUUCUCGGUCUGGAAGGUAUGGUAAAGCUUACGAAUCCCGAGGAGACACUGAUGAACUCGGGCCACUCCACGGCUGGCCACGCCGCCGGCAAUGGGGCUGCGGGAACUUCGUCCAUUGGUUCCGAAGUACGAUCGAGUACCGGCUUUGGAUCGGAUGUUGAGACCAGCAGUAAAAGAACUUCCAAUGCACCGCAUCGCAGUCUUCCGGAUAUUCCAAUUGCGGAGCCACCGGGGGAUAACAACUCAGAACUGUACGCCACGGUGGGGGAUAAAGUGCAGGAUUUGCCGCAGGGCAGAAGUCCCACCACCAGCUUAAAGAAACAAACAAGUGUCUCCCAGCACAGUUCCAUCAGCCAGGCGGAUGAUAUUAGCUCUCCUUACGCGCGUGUCCGAUCACCACCGCAUGCGUAUGACAAACUGCGCCGAAUGGAGCAUCCUUAUGCGCAGGUGACCCAACCGGGCACGAGCAGUGGAGCGGCCGGGGGCGGUCUUGGUAGCGGUACAGCGCUCGGUGGUCAAUCGGGGAAGACAAAUCGUGUUAAACCGCGGGACGCGGGUGCCGACGACGAUGACGAAGAGGACGAGGACGAUGAUGAGCUGAUGAGUCCUAUCUCGCGCCGCGAGUCGGCUCAAAAUUUGGAGGAUCGAGAUACGUCGACUGUCGAUAUUCCAGCAGCAUCGGCGAUUGCGGGACGUGUGUCUGCUAGUCAAGAUCUGCCCUACAUGACGCCACCAAUCGUUCAACCACCAACGCAGCACUUCAGCGGUGAUUCGCAAGACUCGUCCAAAGGUUACACGAGCAUAAGUGUGCGAGAACCGUUAGCGAACCUCUUACCGCAGAACCACACGGGUGCAGGGGUUGCCAAGCGCCGGCAGAUACUAGGAGAUUCACACUACGCGACCGUGUCGGACGAUUCCGAUGAGAUGUACGCCGCGAUCGAUGAUCCCAACAAUGCGGGCGAUCUCUACACCAGUGGCUCCGAGACGUACGCCCAGAUUCAACCCCCGAACGCGGUGACGGUGUCGGUUGAGAUCAAUACCGGUGCCUCCAGUCGCCCUCAACCCCAUCCACUGCAAGCACCGACGAUGGCAAGUGAUACUCUAGACGCUGGCCCGGGUGGCAACGUCGCCGUCGGGUCUUCGGUCGCAAUGAAUCGCCUUAGCAAUCACAGCACCAUGACCACGGCCAGCGAUGACCAGCAGCAUCAUCAUCCAGCACCGCCGCCGCCGCCGGCGGUUGGCACGACGGCGCUUGAAGGUGGUCUUCGGGCUCAAACGUUCGUGCAACAUUCGCGCCAGCCAUCGUCUUCGAGCUGUACCAGCUCCGUGGGCAACCUUGGCUCACCGAAGCCGGAGAAACGGCAAGCCAACAGCCCGCUUCCUCCCACACCAAAGACACUCAAACACCAGACCAACAGUUUCUUCAGCACUUCGAACCAAUCGGUGGUGUUGGUUAGCGAGACCGAAAGUGGCCUCGCGAACGGUUCGAUAGGCGGAGCAGGUGGCAGCAGCAAACCGAAGAAAAGUCCUUCGAAAGACUUGGAAGGAAUGUACGCCAAGGUGAUGAAGAAGAACAAGCUAUCGAAAGUGCCGUCACAAAAUGCGUCUCCGGUGCCGCUGCGCAAAGAUGGUUCGAUCGAUGAGCAGCAACAUCAACAGCAGCUGCAGCAGUUUCUGGCCGAUUCCGAAGCCCUCAACGGAGGCACCCGAGUGGUGGGCUUCGCAAAGGUGCCCACAACCGUGCGGCAUGUUGACACAAAGUACGAUCCUGGCUACGAUACGAUCCCGGGAGGUGACGAUGGGUUGAAAAAACCUUCGAGCGGAAUGGUCGGAGGAUUGGCCGACAGUCGCAAAGCGGCCGAUUAUGCAAAGAUUCAAAAACGUAAUGCCGCGUCGAACGCGCCAGAUGCGGACAGCGAGCCGGGAUAUGAAAGUUUACCGGGAGGCCACCAGCACGAUCCGGGGUACGAAACGUUAAACCGAUCCCAUCGCGCCGAAUCGGAUUCAGAUCCAAACUACGAAAUAUUGCGUCCAGCGAACGUGGCAGGUGGCCAACCGCUGCCAAACACGGUAAAAUCGCCACCGAGUGACUCAAACCGUGACAGUGACGGGUACAGCAGCAUACGAGAGCCGAUCGCCGGACGAGGGGUUGUUAAAGGGCCACCGGGAGCGGGAGGAAGUGCUCGCAGUCGGUUAGAGUUUAGCGGAGCCCAUCACCCACCGGCGGACGAUGACGCCGAUAGCACCGGGCCGGGAUACAGCAGCAUACGUGAAGAUUACGAUCCGGGUUACAGUGUAAUUUCGGAGCGAAAAAAACCGCCCCCCGGACACGACUAUGCGAGCAUCACGGAGGACACGAAAAAGCGGAAACUUAACAUCAACAACAAUAUCGAACCUGCCGACGACGAGUCAGACAUUUACUCGAGCAUUCCGCAUACGGCAUCGGGCACGUUAACGCUUCCUUCUCCACUGCUCACGUCAUCGUCCUCCGUGGUUGUUAGUCCCGUUAGCGGCGCUGGGAGUGUGGGAACCACCGGGGACGGUAGCACUAACUACUGUACCAUCCCCGAGCGGCCGGGCCGCGAUGGUACCGGAGUAGCAGCGGGAGGCAACCUUUCUUCGUCGCCAGGUUAUUCGAGUAUUUCGGAAACACGCACGACACCUUCGUCGACCGAUGACGGCGACGGUAGUACCAGUUCACCCGAUCAACCGAUCGGUUACGGGAAGCACAACAACACCACGAGCGCCGCCACGACAAACAACAGCUUGAGCCGGAUAUCGAGCAAUUACGAGUCAUUAACGGGCAGCGAAUCGGAUCCCAACUAUGAAUCUGUCAAGUAUCUGAACGUGAAAGAGAACCCGUACGAGCGGCUACACAACGAAGCAGGGACAGGGGCAGGUGCAGCAUCCGAUCCACUGCGUAAAUCGGUCACCGCUGACUCGCUGACUACCGACUCCGAUACGACCACGCCGACGCCGAGUACGGUUGCUAUGGGUACCGCUGCCGAACCGAUUGCACCUACCAGUGGCUCCACUCCAACGGACGGUAGUGAUCCUGCGGCCACCACCACCACCCCACCCGUCAGUGAUUACUUCCAGGUCUAA